GCCGAGUAUUUACGAUACUGGGACGCGAAUAUCUCUAAUUAUAGACCGUUGCAACAUCCUCUCUCUCGGCAUAUGCACGCGGUUGCAUAGUGGGUGUAGUCCGGCAACCCAUAAAUUGAUGGAUGAGACGAGAGAAUCUCUUCCUCUCUUGCCGACUCUAAAAAUAUAUCGAAAAUGAUCUUCAACUCACGGCAUCGAUUGUCCCUCUCGAAAGACUGUCAUUCGAGAAAAAAAUGGCUACGCUGUUGACAAGAAACUAUUUUCCAUUACGAACGAAACGCUCGUCUAGGCGACAGCAUGAAUCCAAUCGUCUUUACACGUGGUGCAACGAUAUUGGAUGGUCGCGUGGAUGGAGGGGCAUCCUGAAGAAAAGUCUGGGCGUACUGGUGGGCGUGAGUGCCACCUGCGGAGCGCUUUUAUAUUUCCUGGACCGAUCGGUUCGAGCCGGAGAACGAGUCGCGCACCUGCCGAGCUAUCCCUGGGACUUGAAUGGUUUAUUCACAUCCCUGGACCACUCGGCCGUCCGACGAGGAUGGCAGGUCUACAAGACCGUGUGUUACGCGUGCCACAGUCUGCGCUACGUACGAUUCAUGGAUCUGAUCGACGUGUCGCAUACGGAGGACGAGGUCAAGGCCAUCGCCGCCGAGUACGAGAUUAAAGAUGGACCGGAUGAAGAGGGAGAAUAUUAUACGAGACCCGGAAAAUUGUCCGACUUAUUGCCACUUCCUUAUUCGAACGACGAAGAGGCCAAAGCGGCAAAUUUCGGUGCCUAUCCACCGGACUUGACCUACAUGAUUUUCACUAAAAGAAACGGAAAGAAUUAUUUAUUUUCCUUGCUGACGGGAUGGAUGAAGCCGCCGGCAGGUGUAUCUUUAACCGACCAACAAUAUUUCAAUGCCUACUUUCCCGGAAAUGUAAUGGGGAUGCCACAGAUGCUAAUCGAAGGAGCGGUGGAAUAUGAUGACGGAACUCCGGCGACGACGUCGCAAAUGGCGAAAGAUCUAGUUGAAUUUUUAAGCUGGACAUCCUCGCAAAAUUUUGACGCACGUAAACAAAUGUUCAUCAAAGUAGUGGGAGUCGGCUUUAUAUUAUGGGCUUGUAUUGGUCAUUACAUGAGAUUCAACUGGUCGAUAUUAAGGAGCAGACAAAUCGCAUACGUACCCAAGGAAAAAUAUUAAGACAUUUAAAUGAGAAUUAUGCACCAAGUUGAGAAAAAAUAGGUUGCGCGCCUCUCGAUCGCCUAUGAUCGACGGCAGCAAAAUAGAAUGUCGAAAAUAAUAUCGGGCGCUUCGACAAGGUCUAUAUAUAGGAGAUGAUGCGUCAGUGCAGCAACAAGUGAGGCCCGCGGGUGAAGGAGAACGACGAAGAUGACGCGAGGAAGACAGGACGAAUCGAAAAUAUACGGAACGAUGAAUGAAACCUCCGCAUUGACGUCGCCAAGACGUGCCAAGAGAUGUUGAGAUUAUAUCCGACUCAGGGCGGGACCUGGGCUUUUUGAAUGCAUCUUUCGAAAAAUAGCCGCGUAUACACCCGAGGACAUAUCUCCGAGUAUCAUCGAUCCUCUGGGAAUUCUCGUUUGUAUAUCGACGUGACAUAAGCUGGCGCAAUUUCGACAAGAAUAACUUGUCCGCGUAAAUAUACAUCGGUCGAAGAUGAAAGCUCGAUAUUAUCGGGGCCCGGAUAAUAAUUCCUCCAUUUGCAGUCAAUUCGCGUCGAAUGAAAUUAACAUAAACGUUCUUUUAUGUAUAGCAAAAGAUGCCGAGAAGAAGAUUAAAUAACAUGUCAGAUUUAGCGAAAACCAAUUAUAGAGGUAAUUCGAUGUUAUUUAUAUAUAUGUAUACCUCGUACAAGGGAAUCACUAUUGAUAAUCUAAUUUUGGGAAGGAUCAAAAUAAUGCACAUACACUGUGAAAAAAAUGGUUAUUUUGACCAAAUCUUUCAACUAAAGAUUAUUUUGUUAAACGUAUAAAAAAAUGUAAA